CUUCCUCGUCCUCCUCAUCAACGCCUGGGUUCUCAGAAUCGAUGCCCAAGAUGCCGUCGAUUACCAUCAAGAUCAAGCAUGAUCGCAACGUCCACCAAGUGUCGGUCGACCCUUCUCAGCCAGCUACGGCGUUCAAGGCUGCCAUUCAUCAGAAGACGGGCGUGCCUCCGGAGCGUCAGAAGGUCAUGGUCAAGGGCGGAUUGCUAAAGGACGACACAGACUUGUCCAAGCUCAAUCUCAAGGAGGGACAGAUGCUCAUGGUCAUUGGUACAGCGGGAGAGCUGCCGAAGGGACCUCUGGGCCCCAUCAACUUCCUUGAGGACAUGACCGACUCGCAGCUGGCGUCGGCGACGAAGCAGAAGGUCGGCCUCGUCAACCUGGGCAACACCUGCUAUCUCAACUCGACCCUCCAAGUCCUUCGCGUAAUCCCUGAGCUCCAGGUAGCCCUCAAUUCCUUCGCAGGCAACAUGGGCGGCGCAGACGGCGAGCGCAAUCUGACUGCCUCGCUGCGAGACCUCUACAAGUCCCUCAACGAGACGACUGAAGCAUUCCCGCCGCUAGCCUUCCUCUCUAUCCUGCGCAGCGUGGCACCGCAAUUCGCCGAGCAGCAGCAACAAGGAGGUGGCUUUGCGCAACAGGACGCAGAGGAGGCUUGGGUUCGGAUCAUUCAGGCUCUCCAGUCCUCUCUGUCCGGCCUCGCUGCUACCGGCGAUGCCUCAGCAGCUCAAGAAGCGCAGUCACGCCGCUUCAUCGAGCAAUAUAUGACCGGCUCCAUGCUCGUCAAACGCUCCUGCCCCGAGGCUCCACAAGAAGAGCCAACCUACACAUCGGACAGCUUCAAAGUCCUGCAAUGCAACAUCUCCUCCAGCACAAAUGACAUGUCCUCUGGCAUCAAGGACUCCCUGACCCAGCAGCUCGAAAAGACUUCCGAGACUCUCGGCCGCACUGCCGUGUACGACGAACAACGCAGUAUCGAUCGCUUGCCCGCCUACCUCACCACGCAUUUCGUCCGCUUCUACUGGCGGAGAGAAAUUGGCAAGAAGACAAAGAUCAUGCGCAAGGUCCGCUUCCCUUUCGAGUUGGACGUCACCGACUUUCUCUCCGAGGGCUUGAAGGAGAAGACGCUCAAGUACCGCGAGAAGGUGCACGAGGUGGGCAAGGAGCGCGAGGAGCGGGCAAAGGUACGCAGGAAGGCCAAGGCGAGAAGAGAGGAGGCAACCAAGUCGGACGCGGCUGCCUCUACUCAACCGGACGAGUUGGGCAAUGUCACGUCUGCGGGGGCUGAAGCGCCUAAGCCCGCAGACGCAAUGGCAGUAGACACGACGGAGGAGAAGGUCAAGACGGACGACUCCACUGCCUUCGCCACCGCCUCAGGCGCCAGUACGGCCGUGGCUGGAUCGUCGUCCGCAGCGAUAGGCGCAGCAGGGGCCGUUGUGAGUCCAGAGGAGGAGUUGGUUCUCCGUGAAAAGGAAAGCGCAGAGCUCGAUGCCUGCCUCCAUCCUGACCUGAAAGCCGAUGUAGGGUGCAACCCUUCAGCCCUCUACGAACUAGUGGGCAUCGUCACGCACAAGGGCGCCAAUGCUGAUGGAGGGCACUACAUCUCUUGGGUGGUGAAAGAAGACGACAGUGGAGCCGACCCCGCGGCGGCGGCGAUUGAAGGUGCGGAUGGUGGCAAGGGGAAGGCGGCGAAGCUUGUUGACCAGCCGUUUGGGGAGGAGUGGUACAAGUUCGACGAUGAGAAGGUGAGCGUCGUAGGGAGGGACAAGAUCACGAUGCUUGAUGGUGGAGGGGAGGAUUCGACUGCUUAUCUCUUGCUGUACAGGGCGAAGAGGCUGUAGGGACGCGGUGAGGCUGUGGGAGAGGGGAGAGGGGCAGACGAAGACGGCUCGAUCAAGAGCUGGCGUCAGAGGGGAGACGUUUGAUAGCUGAGUGCGACAAUCGGUCUUUGGACAUCAAUGCUUGAUGAUCAUCUAGAGCU